AUGUCAAAAGCGAAGUGUGACGAAUGGCUAUACGAAUUGAUUGGUUCAACUGAUAAUAUUAUUACUAUAAUUGAUAAAUUAUUCAUACUUUUGAAUAAAAUUCAAAAUGAAGGUAGAAGUUUCGAUGAAACGAAACAUAUCCUUAAUAUUUGUAUUUCUCUGUCUACUCGAUCAACUGAGUAUAUUUUCAACUGGCUCAAUGAAAAUCAAAAUGAAUCAAAAUAUGUUUUGUUUCUUGGAAUUUUUUACUAUUAUUAUACACUUAAUUUAGAUAAAAACACUAGUAAUAAAGGAUUUAAAUGCUUAAUAAAAACUGCAAGUUAUCAUCCGAUUGCACAAUUAUAUUUAGGAAUUAUUCAUCGAGAUUUUCAUAGUGGAAAUAUUCUCUGUAAAAAUGAAUAUGAUAUUGUAAUUAAUGAUUUAGGAAUCAGUAAAUUAUCAACUGAAUCAUUAAAUAAUGAUAAUAAGUAUUAUGGAAUCAUUCCUUAUAUUGCUCCAGAGAUUUUUCAAGGACAGAAAUACAAAAAAUAUUCUGAAGCCUCAGAUAUAUAUAGCUUUAGUAUGAUUAUGUGGGAAUUAAUGGUAGGUCGAAGACCUUUUUGGGAUCGAGAUUAUAAUACAUCGCUUAUUAUUGAUAUUUGUGAUAAUAUCCGUCCUCCUAUCGUUACAAAUGCUCCUGAGGGUUAUAUUAAAUUAAUGCAAGAAUGUUGGCAAUCUGAUCCGAAACUAAGACCAACUGCUGAGGUUAUUUUUAGUAUUAUUGAUAAAAUUAUUUUGAAUGAAGAAAAAAGUGAAAGUAUAUAUGACAGUAAUUAUUCAGGCAAUGUCAAUGAUAUAAAUACUAAAAAAUUCAAAUUUAAUGAGAGCUAUAAUAAUGAAUCUGACAAAAAUAAAUAUAUUUCCAAUGCAUUAGAAUUUGAUAUUUCAGAAUCAUUAUAUUGA